AUGGCUUCUCCGGGGUAAGGGGUGUUUGUAUUUGGGCUUUGAUUCCGUUAUUAGUCGAUAAAAAUAAAGAAAUUUAAUGUGUCUGAGAUCAACCCGAGCUAAUGUUGGUGCUGCUGGGUUCUGAAAUGUCUCUGUUUCAGUGGCAUUCGUGAAAAACUGAGAAGGAAACGACGAGAUCUGCAAGAAAGUCUUGCGAUGAAUAAAGAUGAAGACGACAUUAAGGUAAAUCUGCAAAUGAACUAUCAUAGAAAAGUUAUUUUUACUGAGUUUAGUUCAACAUGAUGUCUUUCCUUGUUUCUGUGCCCUCACAUCAUCCUCUGAGCGCCCUCCUUUAACAAGACUCAACAUGACUUAGAGAGGAGUGUUAGCUCGCUGAAGAAACACACAAUAACACAGACACUAAGAACUCCUGAAUCAGUCUGAUUACACUCCACAGGCUCUGGUUCCUUCCUCCAAAAUGAGUAAGGGGAAACUACAAACUCCACAGAAGGUCGGUGUGUGUUUUGCAGUGUAACCUAUAGACUGUAGUCGCCCUCUCGACACUGAAGUUAGCAUCUAAGUCUCAGCCUCCGACUCGGCAACGAAAACAAGAUCCUGAACGACUAUACCCAGACUAUUCAGGUCUGGACUAGAUAUUCUAAGAGACACUGAAGACCCUUAAAGCACAUAUUCAUAUUUGUGAAACCUUUAUUCUAUCCGUGAAAGGGCAAAAAAGGACAAUUCACUAUUUUUUAGGUCCAGACCACAUUGGACCAGGUCCUGAUCCACAAUCACAAUACCCAAGCAUGUCAAACACGGACUACGUUGCCCAAGAGAAGCUACAGACUCAGUGAAACAUGAAUUCUGAAGUUUUUAUUCAUAAUGUAUUUCAUAUUGUGUCAUGAUACACAAUAGGUCAAUUUCAUAGAACAUAAGAUGAUGAAACAAAAAAAACCCACACUGAUACCUAAACAUUCACAAUUAACUAAAGAUGCUAUCCUGUCUUUCUUUCCAGUCUCCUGAGACAAAAAUAGCACUUUGAGUUCGUCAUACUUUAACAGCCAGUCCAGUGUUUGCUUAUUUAGCCACUACAUUAAUUUCAUGCUUUUGGUGGCAGUUUCAUGAAACAAUGACUUUCUCAGGUCAUUGGAUUUUUAACUGUGUAAAAGGAAAUUGGCUUCUAGAUUAAGCAGCUGUUACAUGUAGUUCAGGCUUUUGUAUAGUCUUUAAGUCAUUUAAUUUUCACUUUUAACUGCCUAUCUAGAAUGAUUUUUGACCAGGACCCGGUUUGGUCUUAGUUAGAAAAAAAACUCUCCUUGUUUUGAGAUCUCCUUGUUUUUCAUUGUCACUCAAAGAAAUAAGGUUUCACAAAUCUAAAAAGGUACUUUUGGAACUUCAAAGCCUCCCUGGGUUAAUCUUUACCAUAUUUGGCAACAUUUGAUGGAGUGUUUUUGAUUUGUACCUGUAACAGCCAAAUUGAAGGCUGCGUAUCAGAUGCUGCCCUCCUGCUUCGUGUUGCCCUCCUGUUUGUGUGUGUGUUGCUAGAUGCUUAACACCGAUCUCUUUCUCUCUUCCCUCCACUAAUGGUCCACUUUCCAGCAGUGCUUAACAGUAGCAUGGGCAGAGAUACAGUGUGCAGUUGUAGUCUAGAUGUUGUUCUUUUGUAACAGUGUGCCUGUGUCCCAUCAGGAACUCCAAAGCAGUGAAGAAGAUCCAGGAGAGACUCUGAAACGCACAUUCAGGGCUCAAAGAGAGAAGAAGAAAAGGGUACAUCUACUAACUUACAUCUUCAUCCUUUGAUCAUAAUAAUAGCAGUUAUAUAUUAUGAUAUACAUACACCAAUCAACCAUAAAGUUAUGACCACUGGUAGACAAGGUGAAUAAUAGUGACGAUCUCUGUGCAGAAGCACCUAUCAGUGGGUGGAAUUUGUUAAGCAGCAAGUAAACAUUGUAUCCUUAAAUGCUGGAAAAAAUGGACAACAGUAAGGAUGGUUAUGACCCUGAUGUGGGACAAAUUUUGAUGGGUGCUGACAGGGUCGGCACACUGACGUCUGUAAAGAGUGAAGGCUGACCUGUGAGAUGUGAUCAAACAGAGGAAUUGCUGAAGCUCAAAGUGCUGAAAAAACUAAUGCUGGCUCUUGUAAAAUGAUGUCCAACCACACAAUGGUUUACAGUUUUUUUUAUGUAUGAGGCUGCAUAGCUGCAGACCUGUCAGUUAUCUACAUCUAUCCCUGUCCACUGCUGAGGGUAGCUAAAGCAGGUAUGCAUGUGCUGUAGGAGCUUUGUGGUCUAGAGCUGGACCUUAAAACAAUGAAAGAAGUUGGCCUGCAGGAGUGUUGGCCUAGUCUCCAAAUUUUAGACCUCACUGCAAUUAAGCAUCUGCAAUCAAGCAGCUUCUAGCACUUCAAGGAUCCUCUAGUAACAUCUUGAUUCCAGAUACCACAGCAUUCCUUCAGAGAUCCAGUGAAGUCUAUGUCUGGGCAUGUCCGGGAUUUUUUAAACCUGACUUUAUGUAGCAUGAAGCAGGCAUUCAUAAAGUUACAGCUGAGGGGCAUAUAUGCAUCCUUUUUGAAGCUCCAGUAAUAUUCGUAGACAUAACUGAUUCAUCUCGUGGUAUCUCUUAGUUGCUUGAACAGUCUUCAGCCCAGGAGCUCCACCACGAUGAUGGUGUGCAGGAGAUCUCCUCCAUCCAGCCCCAUAGUGAAGAGGAGGAAUCAGCUGAACAGGCUGCUCAAAAACCUGCAGCUUCGUCAAGACCUCCAACUGGUUCUCUGAAAGGUUAGAGUCCUUGUCCUCAUAAAAUAAUUUUCCUUUUGUGCAUUUGGUCUUCUCUAAGGCGAUGAAAGAUAAUAGAUUGUUAGUUUUAUAAAAUAUUAAAGUAGCAUAGGGUAGCAUCAUAACUUUACACUAAAGUUACAGACAGUUCCUGGAAGGAGCUGCAGCUGUUAAAUAUUAUGAGUAAAUCUGCACUUUUAAUUCGUUGCUGUUUGACACGUAGGACUUUAUAGUCACUCCUUUUCUAUUGUGCUGUCAUUUUUCUGGUGAAUUUGAUGUUUAUGAGCACUGUGCAUCCUUUUUAUGCAUGACACCUUGAUGAAUAAAUUUCCAAAGUGUAGUCAAUGCUUUUUGCAGUAUAUGUAGGUAACAAAGUGAAAAAGACUUUGAAUUAUAAUGCACUUGGGGAAAGUUCUUCAAGAGAUUCAUGCAACAACUUUGCCAUGAUUACAGUUUUUCUCAGUCGCUUUGGUACAUUUCUCGAAUCAUCCUCGACAUUUGCAAAACAGUAAGUCCUUUUCUCAAAACAAUUUGUACAACUAGCAAAACACCAUGGAUUAGCUGCAAAAGCCAGUCUCUUGCUCAAAAUCCUUAGUACAUCUCUCAAAAGUAAAUAUCUGUGUCAAUGAACAUGUCAGUGCCAUCAGAAUGACAAGUCCUUGUGUCAUUGUGCACGGAUAAGACAGUCAAAUUGCUUAGUCAUGUUGUCAGUAUAACAGUGUACUCUGGAGGGAUGUUCUGAUGUAAACUAUGGCUAAAGUUUUGAUGACAAUCAUUGUAAAUUGGAAGUUACACCUCAGUGUAUGUGGGAGAUUGAUUGCAAGAGACUGUAAUUUGAUGACAGACCAUGUCAUUGCGAUACAGAAAAGAAAAAGACAGCACUGCAGAGCACAAUAAAAAAAAAAAAAAAGUAGAAAUGUGAACAUACGACAAUUUCCUUAGGGAAAACUGGAAAUGCAGUGCUGUAGGAAUUACAGUACAGUCUUCCUACACCUACAAUGUCACUGUAUAUAGUAUACUUACUGUAUAUUGUAAAAUGAAAGUCGAAUACUGCAAUAUUGUAUGAAGCAUCACAGAAAGUACACAGUAUUACAUUACAGUGCCUAUUGUUAGAUUACAUACCUGUUCUGUCAACGAAAAGUCUGAAUGAUUGAGGACACAGUUGUUCUCCCAACAUUUGGCUGCACCCUUCGGCCAGCCUCAGCCAUUGUAAGCCCAUGAUUGAGAAUGUGGUCUACAAGUGUAGCUCUUAUCUCAUCAGGAACGUGCAUUUGUCCUCUGCCUAUUCUGCCUCUUCCUCUGUUUUGCCUCCCAACUCCUCCGCCACGCAGCCUCACUCCUCUUCCUCUUCUUCUCUCUGGCUGUUGACCCCGUCCAAUUCCUUGUCCUUCCAUUGUCAGACAUUGUAACAUUGUGUUGUGCUCCAGCAAUAUAUAUACUUGCCAGUUGAUGGUUCAUGAGAUGCACCUUUGAGCUAUUUCGGUUGAUCUAAUGCUUCACACAUUUCCCACCGUUAAAGAAAGUCAAGAUUCACCUGGGAGCAAUUUACCAAUUCAGGACAGAUUCAGAAACGUCUGAUGGAAAUGUAUAGAAAUAUGCUUGACAUAUUAUGACAGCUUGUUCAACCAUUUUGCAUGUAAAGACUUAUGCAAUGAACUAAUGCCUAAAUGUUGAGGGAGGUGAGACUAUUCAACAGAGACCCAUUAUAAUACAUUUUGAUCAACAUGACAUAAGCAAUUGAUAAUGUAGAAAACAGCAGAAAAUUGUACAUAAUCAUUUGCAUGGAUGUACCAAAGCAUUUGCAAGUUGUUCAAAGAAAUGAGAAACUGCUUUUUUGAUGUGCACAAGUGGCACAAUGAUGUGAAAAUUGAACACAUAGUUUUGAGAAUUUCAAUUCUGAUCUGAGAAAUGUACCAAAGCGACUGAGAAAAACUGUAAAUAGCUGUAAAAGAACACAACUAUUUAGGCUGUGAAAUAAUGUGAAAACAUACAGGAUGACAAUCCACACAGUGUCAAUAUUUAGUCUAAGACAAUCACCACUGUUUUUUCAAGGAUAUUCUGGCAAAUUUAAGUUAUGGUCAAACACACCGUAACACAGUGAGACACCCCCUCGGGAGAUGGAUGAUGCCAACUGCUUGCUUCUCUAGUUAUACCGACUUUCGCAACGACCGCACGAUAGCAAUACACAACGGUCUACUUCUCCAUGUGCAAACCUCAUCCAAAAAGCCACUCAAUAGCCACAUAUAAUGCUCAGAGCAGCUCCGAAUUUCAUCAACAGUAUAUAUAGGGUCCCAGCCAUAGUACUAGCCAUUAAAACAUACUUUUAGCUUUGCCUGGUUUCUUUCUCAAAAAGACCAAACACAACUCACCCACUCUCUUCCAGCAGCUGUUUGUUUGUGGGGGAGCUCCGACGAGUCGACCACCGAGUUUCACAGAUCAAGGAAGAACAUAGUGACCUUUACUACAUGGAAAUGCAAUCAGACCAAGACGCUAAGGCAGAAGAACUAAAGCAUCAGCGGUGCAAAAUGAUUUUGAUGAUUAUUACUUCAAGGAAAUGAUCCGCUGCACUCGGUUAUCGACUCGUCAGGGCUCCACCUGGAAUAUCUGAAAUAUCCCUUUUAAAAUUCUGUGUCUGAUGUUUUGACUCCUUCUGUGUUUACUUCUUGGGCUCACAUCUGUAUAAUCUGUGUAUUAUUAUGUUCAUGCAUGGAAAUAUUAAAAAUUGGUCAGUCACUUAGGUUUUAUGAUUUUUCAUGCCUUUUGUCUUCUAGGUCACUCAUCCAAAAUUCAGCAUUCUCCUGGCUCACAGCAUGUAGUUGAUUCUGUGACCCGUCGCCUUGAGGAGAGACUGAAAGCAGCCAGAGUAAAGCAACUUCUCUUUUGCACAAAAUAGCUCAAAACUGCCUUACUGCAAAAACAUUUCUUUCUUCGUGUGAAAUGUGUUCAUAUCAAAGUAUGCUGUGUGCUCCAGUCAAAAGGUGAGAGACUUCAGGAGCAGGAGGCUACACAAGAGCAGCCUAGUCACCUUCAAGGACUCAGAGACAGAGACACUGUGACAAGAUUUGACCCAGAGGUGAGCAUCCACCACACAUCGGCUGUAUUAAUACAGUUCUCUUUCACAAUGGUACCUCUUCACUCUUAUCAUAAGUGGAGGUUAAACUCCUAGUGUUUUACAGGUUGAUCCAGAAAGAGUAGGAAGACAUGAUGUCCCUCCGUCCCUCAGCUCCAGGGUCAAGUUUAGAGAAGCAGCAAGACGAGUAAGGCCAGAGACGGGAUUAAAAUAAUCCCUGGACAAAAAUAUUCUUGUGUGUUUACUUAUUUUCUCCUUUCAAAUGCAGACAGAAAAAGGCAUUCCAACUGCAGAAGAGGCCUACAACUUCUUUACUUUCAACUUUGAACCAGAACCACAGAAAAGGACCAAGAAAGUCAGCAGGAAAAGACCAAAACCAAACAGAUCAGAGGAAGAGGAGGACGGAGAUGGAUAUGGAGAAGGAGAAGAAGCUGAGGAGGAAGAUGUUGAAGGAGAGGAAGAGAACAGAGAUGAAAUAGAAGACCAGGUAAGACGGUGUUUGUGAUGUAGUAAAGAUUUGUCUGCCACUACAGCUGCAUAAGACUGAGCUGUUUCCAAACAUGUUGUGUUCUUUGUCUUGCUGUAGGGUGAAGAAGCUCCUCUUGUGCAAGAUGAAGGUCAGGAUUUGUUUGUCAUUGAACAGUCAUCUUAUGACUUCCUGGAGAUGAAGAAAGCAGAGUAUGUUGGGUACAAAAAGCUUGUUCAGAGAGAAAAUGAGCUCCUUUUUACACCAAGUUUACGAACAGGUAUGCUGUAAUGCUUGAAACCACCGUAUUCACCACUGCAGUUCUAGUUUCUCUGAGAUUGGUUAAUUAUUUUCAACUGUUUUUAUCUGUUUUUGUCACAGUACCGACCUCUGUUAAACUGCCUCAAAACAUGAAGCCCCGUUACCUGGAGGACGAGGGUCUGUAUGUUGGAGAGAGACCCCCUGUAUCCCCCACCAAUGAGAACAUUCUGGAGAACCGCAUUUUGGCAAUGGAGGAGGUAAUCUCAUACCAGCAUGCCACACAUGUCACCAUUUCUUAACCACUGUACAGGAACUCUUUAACAUAUCCAUAUAUUCUUGAACUAUUAAUGAAGGGAAGGGAGUGGUUUGGAGAUGAUGGCAGGAUCAUGGCUCUUCCUGACAUAAAGGCAAGAUCAAACAAUGGCGAAGACGAUCCUGCUCUGCAAACUGUGUGA